UGGUUGAUAUUUAACUGGAUACGAUUGGUACUGCAGAUUUAAAUCGAAGAACACACCCAUUUUAUAAUUUUUACUUUCUUAUUGUUUUAUUGUGCCGAAAUAAUUUUAUGAGCUAACUUUAAUAUCAACAUUAUGGUAUCUAAAUCUAAAACUGGGUUGUUUGCUCUAAGUUUUUUUGGAUUAGCAUCUUUAUUGAUAACCAUAGCUUUUGUUAGUCCAUACUGGUUAGUUACUGAUGGGAAGUUGAAAAAUCCUAAGUUUUUCAAAAUAGGUUUGUGGGAAGUAUGCUUCAAUGGAUUCGAAGAAACUCAUCAUUGGUAUGACACAGAGUUUGAAGGCUGUAGUUGGAUUUUUGAUGAAGAAUAUUAUAUAAUACAUGAAAUACUACUACCAGGCUUUUUUAUAGCAACGCAAUUCUUCUUCACAAUAUCUAUGUGUUGUGUUUUAAUAUCACUUUUCAUAUCGUAUUUGUAUAUGAAAAAAGACGAAGACGAUGAUAACUAUGUUACUCUUUUAGUAACUUUUGGCACGAUUCUUGUUAUUGGAGGCUUCUCAGGCAUAAUAUCGGUGGUAACGUUUGGAGCUAGAGGUGAUGGACGGGACUGGAUGCCUAAUUGGGAGCACAAUGAUCUUGGCUGGUCAUUUGCUCUCGGAGUUGUUGGGGUUAUCUUUCUCUUUCCAGCCGGUAUAUUAUUUCUCAUUGAAGCGAGGGUACGAAAGUAUAAGAGAUUGCACGAGAUGCAAAGUAGAGAUCCCUCAUCUUACAGUAUGCGUGAGAGAAAAGUGGCAUACCCUAGCCAUACUGAUAUUUAAAUAUCUUGGUUUAGUUUCUAUUAUAAGUAACAAAUAUUAUUAGACUAUAGCAACUUUUGUUGCAACUAUUACAUCAGAAUCCGUCCAAUCUAAGAAUCUCAGUUUAAGAUUUUGUUGUUCAUUAAGUAUUAAAAGACCUUCCUUAUAUAAAUAAAAUAAAAUUCAACUUAAUUUAGAAUAUUCUUUAUUAGUUUAUUAAAAAAAUCAUGAUCAUUUAUACUUAAUAGCAAUAUAAUUGAAUCAAAUAACAUUUUAUUUUUUGUUUUUGUGAGACAUAAAUUAUUAUUAUAUUGAAAAUUAGCAAUGAGUAAUAUUAAUGUACACAUUAACCUGCAGUAAUAAUGUACUACAGUACAUUAUUACUGCAGAUUUCUUAAAUGACAGAAAGAUUCACUUAUCCAAUUAAAUACUCAUUGGUUCCGUACUGAAUCAUAAAUUUCUUUAUACCAUUACUAUUCAGAUUGAAGUAAAAUAAGUUAAUUUGACUUUAAUGAGGGGUUCAAAAAUAAUGUUUUUUUUUAAUACAAAUUAUAAUGCAUGGUUAUGAAAAGUAGCAAGCAUUCAAAAAUAUUGUUGACUGCAAUUAAUUUUUAAUAGCAAAUAAAAAUUACACCUCCCAUCAAAAUUGCAAUGUGUGUAAUGUAAAUGUUUAUAAAUUUAAUACCUACUCAGAAUAAUAUAUUGCACUUUGUGUUUCAGUAUUUUGGUAAUAAUGUUUUAAGUAUAGAAAAUUUAUAUAAGCUUUUUAUAGGAUAAAUAUUAGAACUCAGUCAUAUGUUUGUCUGUGUAAGUAUAAAUAGUUUGACAA